CCCGCGUUCAAAUUUAACGGUCGGAAGUAAAGGAUACUCCCGUUGCGUUGCAGAAAGUCACCGAGGGUCGUUCCGCGCAUUCGUUCGGUGUCCUUGCCAAAGGGUGGUGUUCUCCCGGUGGUGCGAGCUCGUGCUCUCCGGAAUCCGAAGCGUGAGUUGGAGAUCCGUCGGGCGCGCCAGGAACAAUGGAGUCCUUCGUCCAGCGUAUGUUGGAACGAGCUAAAGUAAGGAGGGAAAAGUUGGACGAGAAACUGACCAACGCAGGACACGACGUUCAGAGAAGACCGAGCCCUUUGAGAAACGCGAACGCCUUGCUAGAACAAGCUACAGCAGCAGCCAGCGAGAAUCUAGCCAAGUCGCCGGUCAAAGCGGCCGCAGUCAGCGCACUCCCUGCCAAGUCCCCUCGCAAGUCUCCCGUGUCCAAGAACGUCGCUGUUAACAACGAACAGGACAAUAAGGAGAACGGGAAAUGUGAAACUAGUAACGCGCGAGCCAAGUUGCAGAGACUUGGAAAAUUAUAUUCUGAGGAUAACAAUCUCGGUUUGAGUUCACCCAUACACAGGACUGAGGAGAAAUUUAGCGCGGAAGAGAGUAAUGCGGAGUGCAAAUCAAUCAAGAAGGGUGCUAGACUCAACAGAUUUGUGGCUUUGGCCUCGAAUAUUAACAGUUGGGAGGAUGAUUUAUCUCAUCCUAGUUCAAAGAUUAAGGCGGAAACCAGUAAAGCCGAAAAGAUACAAGCAAAAUUUAACGAGCAGGUUAAAAGUGGAUUGGAGUCGCAGCCAAGCACGAGUGAAAGUAAGAAAUGGGUUACCAUCAACAAUGGGAGAAGAAGCAAAGAUCCAAGUCCAGUUAAACAACUAAAAUGGGACAAGACCACGUUAGAAAAUUUGGAAGCUCAAGGCUUUAGUCGUACAAAAAGCAAUUCUCGUCUUGUGUAUGACUAUAAGCAUUGUUCCCAGGAAUCGAACGGCGUCACAAGUCAUUUAUCACCUAACAAGUUCACGAGCUCUGCUCGUCAGCAGAUGGAAAAGAAACGAAUUUCGCCUGGUAGGUCCGACGGUUCACCAAGAAGCAAGAAAGCAGAUGGUGAUGUUAACGUGACCGCGAGUCCGUCUAACUCUUCUAGAACCAACGACAGUAAAGUUUCUAGCACUCCCGAAAAGUUUGUUAAAAGCGCGAAUACUACUAGCAGUUCUCGAUUACCGUCGAGAACAUUAUUUAGCGGCUCGCCAAAGACUUUGAUUCAACCGUCAGGUUCGGUAUUGAGUAAAGCAUCGAUGUUUGAAGCUAAAAACACAGAGUCAAAGGCGAAAGAUCCUGCUCAGAUGACGCUCGCCGAAAGAAUGGCGUUAUUCGAGCGAAAUAAAGGGGAAGCGUUGAUACCCAAAGCGCCGCUUACAAUGUCGAUACCGCCUAAGAAGCUGCAGGAAAAGGAUAAGCAAUCUAAUGCAGAUUUAUCUCCGAUGAACAGUCGAAACGCUGACGGCCCGAGCAAAACGGUUUUCGAACAACGUGCGAUGUUCGAACAAGGCAACAAUAGAAACAGAGUAGAAGAAAUGGAAAAUCGUAUUUUACAAGCUACGCACGCCGAGAGACAGCGUGAAUUAAGCAUGUUACGUUCGCGAUUUAAUGCUAAUAAGGAGGUUGCCCGCACUGCCGCUGGAUCUUGUGUCCGGACAAGCGAAAGCAGCGAAGGAGGUGGCAAACCAUCGUCGCCGAAGAAUUCGCCUGUUUGCCAGGUGAAACCGACUCCCGCUCCUGACCAUAUUGCUCCGCCUCCACCGCCUCCCUUACCGCAUCCAGAGAUUAUAUCGUAUCACAGUAAAUCUUCUCCUGUGAAAAGACAAGUUGCUGGAAGCCCACCCAAGGUCCCACAUUUAAAUGCAACAUCCGACAUCAAGCGUAUCCGCGUGUGCCCUCCGAAACCAGGAGCCCUGUAUCCGAAUCUGUCCGAGAUUGAAAAUACAGAAAGCGACAGCGACUCAGAAUACACUGUUGACAGUACCGAACCUGUAACAGCUACACUCGAUGAGAAAACUGAAACGGAAACCGAGACGGCCUCUGAAGAUGACUAUUAUAUUCGACAUGAUGAAACUGACCAGGAAACUGAAAGUGAUCAGGAAAGCGUACAAAAUUCAUCUUUUGGACGGACGAGUUUUGGACGCAGUAUCUUGCAGGAAUUCGAUGAACGCUCGUUGUUCAACAAAAAGAGAUGCAUAGAACCAGAUCCAGAUAGCACUACAUCAGACAUUUCAGUACUCGAUGAAAUGGAACAAUAUUUGGACGAGUGUCUUGAUGAAGAAUUGGGCGAAGUGAGAGAGGAAGGUCCAACACCGCCUAAAGUAAAUAAAGGUGGCGAAUAUCUGUCGACGAGGGACAAUUCCAAAUACUGUCAAUCAUAUCGGUCGCCUUUGAAAGAUUCACAUAAACUAGAGGACGGUGGCAAGCGCGUACCAUUAGUACGCACUGUUAGUGCAUACAGACGGCAACAAUCUCAAUUGGCUAAAAAUAAUCCAGUUGCGAGAUACGAAAUGGGAUCGAAUUCAGUUUCCGAGAGAUAUGCGAAGAAACGCGAGGACGAAUCUGUAUUGGUGGAGAAUAAAGUGAAGAAGUUAUUGGACGAAGUUGGAACACAACAGAAGAAGAUAGAAGAGGCCAGCAAAGCAUUAAAUUUAUGCCAUUCUACUGUCGAAUUCAACGGCUCCAGUGAGCACGUCGGAGGCGAAUGGGCUCUGCUCGUUGCUACUCAUAAACGCCAAGCUGCAUUGAAUGAAGUGCAAAGACUCAAACGAGAAGGCACGCUGAUACCUGUUAAGGCAGGCUCACCGGAAGUGGAGGGGAAUGGGUCAUUAACCAUUUCUGCUAUUACAUUACCACUGAAACAAGAAUAUUUCCGAAGCAUGGGCAUGAACACGUAUCUCCAUUGCGUCUGCUUGAUGUAUUACUUAGGAGACGUGGUCGCCACCCAAGCAGCGACUGCUGAACCAGGCGAUUCUUGUAUUCGCUUUACUUCAAUGUUGAAACUUGAUAAUUUACACAGUGAUUUCGAGAUUGUUGUUGAAGUAUAUACCUUCCAGACGCAACCGAAAUAUUUGCCACAUGAAAAGAAAUAUCAUAUCAGUCAUACCGCGAAAUCUGUCAAUAAGACACCAAAGAAAAAGAAUCAGUUUGUAAUGCCGGAUAUACAAAGCCCAGCAGGUCCAAAUGCAAUCAGAUCACCUGCUUUCGAAUUAUCUGGAACUGCAACUGUUACUCUGGGUGACAUAAAUCGCGAACAAUUUACUCUGCUAGAAGCCUCGUCGCAUUCUCCUCUGGAAGGACACCUGCGAAUGCGUAUAUCGCGUAAGCUCUCUGUAUCGGUGGAAUAUCGCGGAUUUUUGACUCUCUACGAAGAUAUUACAAACUUGGGUGCUUGGCGCCGAAGAUGGUGCUGGCUUAAAGACGCUAAGCUAUACUGUUGGGUGCAUCCCGAGGACGAGCACAAGAAGAAUCCAAUAAGCUGUCUCAACUUGGAGGAUGCAACUACAAAGCAGGUGCGAUUUAUAAACAUGGAAAAAUGUGCUCGUCCCUACACAUUUUUAGUUGAGAUAUCGAGACAGGCGCAACCUGGAGACACUGAUAAUCUUAUUACGAAGACAGAUGGAAAGAAAACUACAACAAGCCACAAGUUAUUAGCUGACUCGAAAGAAGAGGGAUUACAAUGGAUAUCGAAACUGAAUAAAACUCUAAGCUUAAUAAGAGCUUGGGGAUCAUCCAGAAGUUCAGUUUACUAAAGCUGAAAUCAACUUUAAAUUCAUUAAGUUCAAGCAACGUAUUCGUGUACGUUUAGAUUGAUAUGUGAUAGGAGACACGCAUAUGCAUCAACACGUAAUGCAUCGCUCAUCGUAAUGUAGGAUAAAAUACUUCGUUUAAAACUUUGAAAAAAAAAAACAAUCGAUUUCGCUUUAUUAAAAUAUACGCUACUAAUGCUGCUUGCAUCUAAUCGAUAUAUAAAUGAUGCACUGUAAGAAAAACGUAAUGUACUGAUAUUUAUGUAUAUACACAUAAACAAUGCAAGUAUUUCAUAUAUAAGAAAGUAGCGAAUGCACUACGUUUGGCCGCGUCCAAAUCUUUCGUCAGCAAUACCUUUAAUAUUAUUUGUGUUGCAAAUAAUUAAUUAAUUGUUUUAUUAUGAACAUUCGAGUGAAUUAAUUUGGAUUUUAAUCGUUGACAAUCUAUAAAACAUUUAAUUAAACUUCAAUAGUCAUUUUGAAAAUCAAAAUUGCAAGUUUUCAUGAAGUCCACCCGCUCAAUACCUUUACGGAAAUAUUUAAUAUAUAUAUAGGUAUAUGUAUUAACUAUUCCGUACACAUUCCUCAGAUCUUCUAAAACUGUGCAGUCUAUUUAGAAGAAAAGGAUUAAUGACACUUGUAGGGAUUUUUGAUUUUGUUGUGAACGUACUACGAUAUUGUUCAAUCGCACAGUUGCGCAAUACCGAAUACUCUACUAUUCACAUCAUGUUUAAUUACAAUGGAUUUUUCAAGCACUUGAUCACUUCGAAAUAGCUGCCAUGAAUUUCAAAGCUAGAUAUUAUUUCGCUAUAGUACACAUUGGAGAAAUUGUACAUAGGCUAAGCGUAGGAAAUUAGUAUUUACUAAUGUAAUUAAGAGAUUUUAUAUGUAAAAUCACGAGCUUAUAUAUUAACAUUAACCAUAUUAACAUUA